UUUAAAACCGGUCAGACAACACCCUCAAAUAACCUCUUCAACCCCAGCACUCUCGAAUGGAAGCAAUGAAGACUCCCGCUGGAGGAGAGACGGUCAAAGUCCGGGGCAGUGGCCACGUCCCCCGCUCGGGGGCGGGGAGGAAGGACCGCCACAGCAAGGUGCACACGGCCAAGGGCCCCCGGGACCGUCGCGUCCGCCUCUCGGCCUACACUGCCAUCCAGUUCUACGACGUCCAGGACCGCCUCGGCUUCGACCGCCCCAGCAAGGCAGUCGACUGGCUCAUCCGCAAGGCCAAGCCCGCCAUCGACAGGCUCACCGGCCUCCCUCCCUUCCACCCUGUCCCAACCCACCCAAACCACCCACUCCAAGAAACGCUAACACCGGUGCCUCAUAACAAUAACGGCUCCUCCUCGUUCUUCUUGGAUUCCUUCUUCCCAGUGAGCUCCACAACGUCGUCCUUCAACUUCCACGACCAAGAUCUUGGCCUCUCCCUUCACUCGUUUCAAGAACCGGGCUCGGGUCUGAUCCACGCUCAUCAUCACUUGGCAUCAUCGAUGCAAGGAGAGACGCCGACGGUGAGCCAUGUUGCAAGUGGCGAUCUCUUGGGGUUCGACGAGUCCAACUAUCAAAGAAUGAUGGGUUGGAACAGAGCAGGAGGAAGCGAAUUGACAUUCUUCAUGGACUCGCAGCAAGAGCACCAAGAGCCCCACGAGGUGGAGGCGUUCUCGCAUCAGAGGGGUGCCCUUCAGUCCAGCCCCGACAUGGCUUUGCAGCCCCAGCCACAGCCGCAUCCGCCGCUUGGUGGUUAUGUUAAUGAUGAGUUGGCGAUGGGCGAACACAUGUAAGCCGCUGUUCGGAUGCCGGUUUUCGCCUGACCGGGUGACGGGAUUUUGCGUACGGGGGCGGGGCCGGGUUGAUUUUUUUUUUUUUUUUGGGUCGGUCGGGGCUGGGUUGAUGGCGAGGCGGAGAGGAGUCUAGCCUCGUUACCAUCGGCUUCGCUGAAUUCGGAUUGAAUUUAAUGAUAAUGGUGGUGUGUUUCCAGCUUGCGAGGCACUUUUACUUGUUA